AUGAUGAAUCCUUCUAACGACCAAUUGAGAGUUCACAAGUCUACGAGAAGGCUCUCUCCAUCAGAAGGGAUGGGAAACAAAGUCACCGUCUCGUUUGGUUCAACUAUUGAAGACAUCCAUGAAGAUCCUGUCACAGGAAUCAGAACAUGGAUCCAAACCAGUAACCCAACACACAACUCAACUUUUCUCAUCAGCUUCAGUAUCGAAAGCACAUGUCACAGUCACAUCGCUCAUCGUCUCUUCAGUAGCUUCAUGAACAUUCCUUCUUCAGACGGCGAUGUCUCAGCCAGGCCCGUCGGUACGGUCACUUGGAUAUGUGAUCUCUUAGCCCCACGCAUCGCUUCUGCUGCAAGUGAGUUAGGUUUUGGCACUAACGGUUUCGAAAUAGACUUGGUGUUGAUUCACGCAAGAGAAAGAGUCUCGGCUGGUUUGUCUCCUCUGUGCCAGGAGUUUUCUUCCUUGCAGUUAUGA